AUUAUCUUGGAUUUUCAUGCCUUGAAAAUUCACUGUCCUCGGGGGCUCCAUGCCAAGGUUUUUCUUCAUCAUACAUUAUGGAGAUUGAAGAGUAUUAUUUUUGGAAUGAAAUUGCCAUGUGAAACAUGUGGGGAAGUCAUUUAUUUCUUUGUAAUCUUUUUGUAUUCUCUACCUAACCAAUCAAGUCCGUUCGAAUUAUUUGAAUUUGAACAUAUUAAUAUAUUUGAUUUAAAUGAUUUUUGAAUUUAAUUUAAUUUUGAUUUGUUUAAUAUUAUUACUCGUAUAAAUAAAACAAAACAAAAUGUAUGAUACUUAUUAUUUAUAAAAUUUUAUUGAAAAUUUUGAGUCAAACUUGUACUUGAGUUAAGUUUCGAAAAAUCAAACUGAGUUUAAAUACAAAAAAAAAAAACAAAAUAAUUCAAUAUCUUAGCACAAGCCUGAAGAUUUUACAAUGGAGAGCUGUAAUUAAAUUAAUGAAUUUUUUAUAACAUAUAUAAGAUAUAUAUUUACUUAAUUUCACUCAAUAGCCAUUAAUGCACAUGAACAGCUGCUAGCUAAGCUUGCCAAUUUAAAGGAAACAACUGCAUGUGGUUCAUUGGCAACCAUCAAACUUUUCUUUUUUUUCGACUAAGUAGAAAUUAAUUUCAGUCAAGUUUUCCUGCAGGUUCAGCUUCAAGCCUCUUCAACAUGCCCGCAUUUCAUAGUUUUCAUUCUUUUUUAAUCUCCAUGGAAAAUUAAUUUUCACAAGGUUAGUUGAGAUAGAUAUUGCAGGGUAGCAGGGAGCGAAAGGUGUUGCAUGAAUUGAAGUUGUAAUUAGAGUUGGAAAGAUGGGGUUUGCUGUGAUCGGAGGUGGCAUUCGAGGGCUGGUUUCGGCCUACGUUCUUGCCAAAGCAGGCGUUAACGUCGUGGUCUAUGAGAAAGAGGACCAAUUCGGUGGCCAUGCCAAGACUGUCAACUUCCAUGCCGUUGAUUUAGACCUUGGUUUCUUGUUUCUUAAUCCUGCAACGUAUCCAAGAAUGUUGGAGUUGUUUGAUAUACUUGGAGUUGAUGUGGAGGCAUCCGACGUGUCAUUCUCUGUCAGCCAUGACAAGCUAGGCCAUGGUUAUGAAUGGGGCACCCAACAUGGUUUUUCAAGCUUGUUUGCACACGGAAAGAACAUGUUGAACCCCUACUUUUGGCAAGUCCUUAGAGAAAUUAUGAAGUUCAGGGAUGAUGCCAUUAGUUAUCUUCAAAUGCUUGAGAACAAUCCAGACAUUGAUCGCAAUGAAACCUUGGGGCAGUUUAUAAAGUCAAGGGGUUACUCUGAAACAUUUCAGAACACUUUUCUUGGUCCCAUAUGUGGUUCAAUAUGGUGCUGCUCCACACAAAAAGUUAUGAGCUUUUCGGCCUUCUCCACUCUUUCACUUUGUUGCAGUCACCAUAUGUUUCAGCUUUUGGGGCGUCCACAGUGGUUGACUAUCAAAAGGCAUUCAUAUUUUGUGAAAAAGGUUAGAGACAUUUUGGAGAGUAGAGGUUGUCAGUUGAAACUUGGUUGCCAAGUACAUUCUGUUGUGCCUGCUGAUAAUGCAGGUAGCAUCAUAGUAUGUGGAGACGGCUUCCAAGAAACAUACAAUGGAUGCAUAAUGGCUGUCGAUACUCCCUUGGCCCUGACAUUAUUAGGAAACCAAGCAACAUUUGAAGAAAUGAGAGUACUGGGUGCAUUCCAAUAUUCUUCCAGGUUCCAGAAUAUAUGCUUUUGUGCCUACAUCUCGAAAUUUAUAUGCAUUCUAAUCUAUCACAACUUCUGAUAACAAGGUUCAUAUUGUUAUAGAUGACAAUAAAUCGAAUUUUGGUCCUGUCAGAGCAUGGUACACUUUCAUAUACUGAAGAACUAUGAUAAUAUCUGAUGGCUUUUGCAGAUUAAAUGCUCUAGAACAAAAUUUCAACGGGAAAAACAACAUCAUAUUGAAAUUCAAAUUAGUACAUGUUGAUUUGAUCUCCUUUAGUGCACCAUACUUUAAAGAUUACUACUUCGUUCCUUAACUUGUUGAUGGAAAGGCUACUAAGGUGUAUGAAACUCUGAUCAUUGCUUCUGUUGGCAGUGAUAUUUUCCUUCACUGCGAUAGUAAUUUAAUGCCCAAGAAUCG